UAAGGCGGGAGGGGCGAGUUGUGCUUGUGGGACCGGCUGAAAGCAAACUGUGCAUCAUCUAGUUAACAUUAAGAAUCGGCCCUUGUAAUGGAGGACAGGGCAGAAGCUGAGAGGGAAAUGGAUGGAGCCAUGUGGUCUGAGGAAUUUAUUGAGGUACCACAUGUCAGCAACCGAGGACUGAAGCAUCAAGAUCCUCUGAGUCUAGAGGCAUUCUUCUUGGAUGAACUGUCAAGGGAGAUCGGGUAUGAAACGGAUGAAGACGCCCUUAUCGAAGAACUACCCUCUGAACGGGAACAUGUCAGGAAGUGCGACAUAUACUAUGAGGAAACGAUACCUCAGAUGACGGACGAAGAAUUCCGCACCAACUUCCGCGUCGACAGGGAGACGCUCGCCAGCAUGGUGGAUAUCCUGGGCGAGCGCGAAGGCAACCCGACAGGGGCAGGACUGGUGCCAACUCCCCGCGAAAAACAACUGCUGCUGACACUCUUCUACCUGGGCAGCACUCUCAGCUUCCGAAAGGUCGCCACGCAGUUUGAAAUGAGCAUGUCCACGGCGUGGGAGUUCGUGGAUGAGAUCAUCGAACGCCUGACCAACCUGAAAGAGCUCUUUAUUCGCUUGCCUGUGGGGCCUCAGAUGCUCAGUACAGUCGAGUCCUUCCGUAAGGUGGCCGGUGUGAAGGGCGUGCUGGGCGCCGUCGCCGACUGCCACAUCCCCAUUCGGAAGCCCAUGUACGAGCCGAACAAGUUUGCCAACUGCAAGGGCUUCUUCUCGUUUCACAUGAUGACGGUGUGCGACGCUAGCAACCGGUUGACGGAUGUGUACGUCGGCAGCCCGGGCUCGCUGCACGAGUCGGAGGUGCUCGACGGCAGUCCGCUCGCCAAACAGCUCGCCAACGACGCUUUCCGCGACGUGUACUUGCCGGGCGACUGCUUCCUGGUGGGCGGCGUGUCACUGCCGCUGCGGCCCUGGCUGAUGACGCCGUUCCGCUCGAACCGCGUAGCGCCCGGCGACAAGAAGCACUACUACAACCAGCUGCUGACAGACACGGUCGACGUGAGCCGACGCGCGCUCAGCGUGCUGAAGGCGCGUUUCCGCCGGCUCAGCUUCGUCGACACCAAGAGCGUGAAGAAGGCCGUCAUGCUGACGUGCGCGGCGUGCGUGCUCCACAACAUGUGCCUCUCUCUGGAGGACAAGUGGGCGGAGGAGCUGGUGGAGGAAGAGGCGGAUCCCACCACGACCGAGGACGAAGAUCAGGUUGCCGGCGGCGGCCUCGCCCCCAUGGCCGCCCACCGCUGGAGGAAGUGGCUCGUCGACGAGCUGUGGAACCAACAGGUCGGCUGAGGCGUUUGCCUGCCGCAUUACGACCAGGAACGUGGGCAACUGAGGCCCGUUGGAUUCCUGCGACGCGGAAGUUCGACGCCGCUUGUCAGCGAUUUCACCCGCCCGAAAUGUGUCAUAAGCUUCACUGAUUGCAUUCAUCGUGUCGGAAAAAGUUCCACAUCUGUGCAUGAACUCAGGGGGCACCUGUCUGUUGCUCGCAGUCCUACAUUAAGGGACAUGGCCCCGCCGACCAUUCAGGGGGGGGGGGGGAGAUACACCUUCCAUGAGCGCAGUUUACCGCGUUGCCCGAAUGUUUAUUUUGGGACAUAUAAAAUUAUUGUCCUACCUACAUGUGUUGACUGGCUUCUCCCGUCCACUUAACCAUACAGACAGCCUGAACGAUACCCGGAGAUCAGGCCCGCAGCGGACAACCCGCUGAACCGAUCGUCCGUACAUCUUGCUCGUUCCAAGUUCGCAAGGUUAUCCAUAGCGCAUAGGACCCCGUAAGGAGCGAUGUCGCGUGCGCCCGCACUUCCGACCGUGCACACUCAUGCGCAUAAUGUGGGAAGUUAUGCACUGGGCUUAUGAGCCAUCCCCACGGUGCCUAGCAUCCUGCAGUGGACAUCCCGCAGCGCGAGAGGUUCACACAGGCCUGCGACACAUUUGUUUCACGGAGAUCCCCCUUGCGACCGCCACGACGUGGAAAACCCAUGCGAGAGGUUAUCUGGGUGUAAUUGUGUGAGACCAUGUAAUACAAGCAAUUCGAAUGUG